AUGUGUGACUCUAUGGUUUCACAUUUUAGUUACUUUGGAAUGCUUCGUAGAAGAAGAAAACGUUACAGAAGAGCUCAUCAAGCACGUAGUCCCUCCUUAGGUCAGCAGAUUGUUGAGCAUGUGGACGACCAGGCAGAUGGUCCACAUGCAUAUACCUUAGUAAAGGAACGCAAAGCUCGUUCUACGCCUAUAAAAAGGAGGAAAAAACGUGCUGUUGGUCGUGCUGGUCGUCGCCGUGGUAGUCUACGUCGCCGCAUGAUUAUUGAUAUUCAUUUAGAAGUCUUAAACGAAUGUCAAAAAGGCAACCUUCAUUCGACGAAGGAGGACUUUUUUGAAAUUUUGGUUCAAGAAUUUAUGGGAAACAAUUUUAUAGAAGAAGACUUUGUUCCUAAGGAACAGGUUCCAUGUUCAGAUUCCGGGUUUAGGGUUGAUCUUCCUAAGGAACAGGUUCCAUGGUCAUAUUCAGGGUUUAGGGUUGAUAUUCCUAAGGAAGAGGUUCCAGGUUAA